ACUUUUAGUGUCAUAUCUUCCAAAACCAAAUUGUGUAUCGUUCGUUUUGCAACUCCUACUACAUUGUCCUUUACCAUAUUUACUAUAUUUCGUACGUUUCGAAAUAUUUUAUGUGUCUUUGUGGAAAAAUAGGUACGCAACCCAGGCCCAGAUGCCGGACGGAAAGAUGAUUGUGGUCGGCGGCAGAGACGCCCACAGCUAUGAGUUCAUCCCACCGGAAGGCCAGCACAACGCGGCGCCGAUAAAGUUCGACUUCCUGACCCAGACCACCGACAAGGACGAGAACAACCUCUACCCCUUCGUCUACCUCAGCACCGACGGCAACGUCUUCAUCUUCGCCAACAACCGCGCCAUCCUUUUGAACCCCAACACCAACCAGAUCGUGAAGGAGUUGCCUCCGCUUCAAGGCGGCCACCGGAACUACCCGGCCUCCGGGCAGUCCGUCCUCCUCCCACUGAAACUUCACUCCGGCAACCAGGGCAACGUCGCCGCCGAGGUCCUCAUCUGUGGCGGCUCCGCCCACGCCGAUUCCUACACCAAGGCCGCCGAGAACGUGUUCUACGCCGCUCUCCAGGACUGCGGCCGGAUGCGGAUCACCGACCCGAACCCGGUCUGGAAGCGAGACCUCAUGCCCUCGCCCCGUCUCAUGGGUGAUAUGUCACUUCUACCCUCCGGCGAGGUCCUGAUCCUCAGCGGCGCUAAAAGAGGAUCUUCUGGAUGGGGUUUCGCUCGGGACCCUAAUUUCACACCCGUCCUCUACAAUCCACGUGUCAAGCGAGGAGAGAGGUUCAGAGAGCUCGCUCCGACCACCAUCCCCAGGAUGUACCACUCCACCGCCACCGUUCUCCAGGACGGCAGGGUCCUGGUCGCCGGCAGCAACACCAACAACGGCUACAUCUACGACGCGAUGUUCCCGACGGAGUUGAGGGCGGAGAAGUUCUCGCCGCCUUACCUGGACCCCGCGCUCGAGAAGUUCAAGCCCCAGAUCGACCCCGCGGCGACGCCGGAGAAGCUCGGGUACAACCAGAAGAUCGCCGUGCAGUUUAAAGUGAACCAGGUCGAACCGGUGAAGCAGGAGAACGUCAGGGUGACGAUGUACGUGCCGGCGUUCACCACCCACAGUGUCUCGAUGAACAUGAGGCUGUUGGACUUGGGCUUGGAGGCGGUGAAGCCCAAUGGGCCUGGAGUCUAUAGCAUCGAUGUAUGGACCCCUCCCAACACCACGAUUGCUCCGACAGGGUAUUACUUGUUGUUCGUUGUAAAUCAGGGGGUGCCGAGUGAAGGGAUCUGGGUUCAGAUUAAGUGAGGAUGAUUCUCGAUUUAUGCGUGUCAUCCUUGUGCAGUGCCGAUGAUUCAUUUGGGGCUAAAUUUGUUUUUUUAAACAUUUUCAUAUCAUUUUGUUGCUACUAAUUGAUUUAAAAAUAUAAUUUUAUUUUCAUUGGAAACUUGCUUUUAAUAAUGUAUUAUGAAAAAAGAAAAUUUACUCUUACUAAUUUCUUAGCAAUGUUUUUGGUAUUAAGCACGAGUCUGACUAGCCAAACAAGACACACCUCGCGCGCUCGACUUAUUUCAACACAUUUUUUAUUACGCUAAAGUUGGUAGAAAUGAACACCCUAAUAUCAUGGGUGAUACAUCCAUAAGAAAAUAUAUAGGUGGUGAUUUGUUACAUUAUAGGAUUAUUAUUACUAGAAAAUUAUGUGUGGGCCAAAGAGGCAAAGAGUUAUUUUUUUAGUAAUCAAGUUAGUUGGCGUCGUUUUAUAUAAGGAAAAUCUUCAAAACGUGUGGAGGUAGGAAAUAAAACCAGAAGUGACUGUCCAUAAUGUCCCACGAUACCAAAAACAUUCCGUAAAUCCUAUCCUACCAAGAAAAGAAGAUCCUGCAAAAUGGAGACAACCAUAUAUAAAAACUAAAUUACAUGUUUAUUACUAAUAUUGUUGCUCUGAUUUUUGAAAAGAAAUUAUUUACUCGUUAGUCAUUUGUUUUAAACGUUGUUUCACAAUUGGUCAUCAAAUAUCUAUUAAUGGUAUACUCCGUUAAUGCUAGGGGUAGGUGAUGAAUGGGCUGGGGAUUCAUGUGUCAAAUUGACCCACCCGCUAAUUAACGAUUUGGUACAAUUGUGACACGUAAUCCAUUCACAUUUUAUUCGGGUUGAGUUGGGUAGGCGGUCGGCAGUUGGGUUAUGACUAACAAUUAGGAAAAAGUGACUAACAUUUAUCUAUAAUAAAUUCACUAGACAAUUCACUUUGCCUCUUGUAGUCUGUAGUUCCGUCUAGCAUAGUUAGUCAAAUAUAGUACAUAUAAAAUUCGUACGGAUAUUUUACAUAAUCUUCAAUUUAGGUUUAAUAGUACGCCAAUAGUUGUAAAAAUAAAUAUUCAAAAAUAAAUUAAUGUAUAAAUAAUAGUUAAGUUAACCAUUCAAUUAACUAAAUAUGAAUAUUAAGUGUAUUAUACAGGCAGUUGGGUUAUGACUAACAUUUUAAUUGAACUCAUGAAUAAACAAGCCAAGCUCAAACCAGAAUAAAGUUCAACUCGACUCAAUUCAUUUGCAGCCCUAGUUAAAACUUAAAAAGCAACUGAAUCAUAUUGCCGCCGAUAUUCCACCCUUUUAAUUAGGGGUGGCUAUACGGUCCGGUCCAGUUAAAUUGGCCCGAAUUUGUUUCGGUCCCAGUCCGGUCUUUCUGGGAAUAUAAGGACCAAAGAUUGGAUUGGAUUGGAUACAGUCCGAUUUUGAUCCGGUCUGGUCCCAAUUCGGUCUUGAUUUUAGAUUGAGCUUAUGGGAAUUUGAGUGGCUUGAGGCCUCAAAGGGUGAGGAAUUGGUUAAGUUUUGAGUGUUGAGGCUCUCUUAUCCGGUCUUUGUCAGGUUUUCGAUCCGGUCUCAUACGAUUUUUUUACCUCAAAUCUAAACCCGAAUACGAGAUUAGAUUGUUUGCUAUCCGGUCCCGGUUCGGAUCUGGUUUCUGAUAAAACCAAAUAACCUGU